GCUGCGAACUGUUUGGCGAUCUACUAAUUCGCGAGCUGUCUGUGCUAGAAUGCUAUUGAGGAAGUGACACGUAGCAGGUAACAUCUCACCCUCUGCUCUUGGGAAACGCAGCUGAACAGGCCGGAGACGAUACAAGCCAUGUCAAAACACACACUGGAGCUAUUCCUAGCUCUCAUCAUGGCAGGAGCAGUCGCAGUGCUGGGAGGGGCACCACUUUUGUUUGUCCAGAAUUCUCGCCGAGGCGACAUCGUGUUGGUCCAACACGUUACGUUACACACAAAUUCUUCGACUGGAAGCGCCUUGUGGAAUGGCACUGUCCCCAACGAAUGUACUUGUCGUAAUAUGUGUUGGGCAAAGACAGGCUGUGUUACAUUGUCUUACAAUACACUGGACAAACGAUGUAUCCUUUCUGACAAAAUGCCUCAUGAAUGUUUCUUCACGUCAAGUCCUGGAAGCUUUGUUGCUUACCACACAAGUUCCUUUACAAAUCAAUCCUACACUCCCGGACCAGAUGGGUACCUCUAUGUAGUCCCCAAUUUCGUGAAAAAUUUCGAUGAAGCGAAGUCAACUUGUGCCAGGAUUCCGAGUCACAGAUUGGCCAUAUUUCUCAAGAUGUCUCAGUACAACGUCUUAGAACAAAUAAGGAAACAGAUGGGCGGAAAUCCAGAGAUUUGGGUUGACAUGGUAAGUUUGAUCAAUGGUCCCAGGUGGGGUGACGGAACGUACUACACGAAUUCUGAGCUUGCUGGGAAAGUUCAAGCAUGGUAUACAGCAGGGAAUAUGUUUGCAAUGCGAACCAACAUGAAUGAACUUGAUGACCAAGAUCCAAAAGUACAACUUCUGUUCAUCUGCCAAGCUGAUCCCACAGGGAUGAGGUGGUAAGGAUGCAUACCAGAAAGGAUCUAGAGAAAAGGAAGGUAGUAGGCUUUGCCAACCCAUCUGUUACUUGAUUCUCUG